AUGAGUGUACAGUUCCUCAACCUCACUGCAGACGAUGUUGUGCGCCGAUGUAGCCAUUUUUUGAGCGGUGAAGAGAGUUUAAAUAUGAUCCAUCAUAACGUGGAUGGAUUCUUUUUGUAUAAUUACAGCUCAAUAAGAUUUUUGACGCAUACAGUUGGAUUAUCUCAAGUGUCAGCUUUUCUGGUGCUCGACACAUUUCGCCAAGAACUUCCACAAAGCGUAUUUGUAAUGCUUGAUGAGAAUGAAGGGCGAAGAAGUACAGGAAAUAUCGCAGUUGAAGCAGCAAGAAUUACAGGCAGCGGAGAUACUCAUGAAAAUAUAAGGAGAACUGCAAAUACUUGA